UCUUUGUGUGGCUCAAUUGAGGGGGCAAACAUAAAGACAAGAUUCUUCAGUGCUCAAGCUCUCUUUCCAUGGAUAUCUGCACUUCGCAUUAGAGAUUUGUUCUUUUCCUACUUCUGCUGACAACCCCAACCCCCACCCCACCCCUUAAAAACUACACUGGCCGAACAGUUAAAAGUAAGCUAGCCCGCUCUCUAAAGCUAGCAUUGUCUUGUGGCAGUGAAGCAUGCCCAGUGCCUGCCCCAGACAGCUUUAAGUUAUUGCAAAGAAAAGGGCCUUUAAGUCGUCUGGUCAUCAUCAGCAUAUCAUGUUUUAUGGUUAAAGAGGUAAAGGGUGGAAUCUGGGCAUGAAGAAAAAAGAUGCAAAAAUAUUGUAUUUAUUAGCCAUCUUUUCUCUUUCAGUUUCUACGACAACCAAUUGUGAUGGCAAAGAAUGUGGGAACAGGGAACCUAAUGCCUGAUUGGGAUGCAUUGUACUUGAAAGAUGACGCUGAUUGGCUUAAAAGUGUUUUAACAACCAGAAGUUUAUAUUUAUUCAGUUUACUCAAGUGGUAACCUGGUUCUGCAAACUUGGAACUCUAAUUGCGUAUUUAAAGAUUUUUAAGAAAAUAUAUUUCAACGUGGGAUUGAUGGAAAAAACAAAGAAAAACCUGCUUUGGCCUACAACGCAAUGAUGGCAACAGAUAACGAAGUGAAAACCCUACUAAAUUUUGUCAACUUGGCCUCCAGUGACAUAAAGGCUGCACUGGACAAAUCUGCCCCUUGUAGGCGAUCUGUGGAUCACAGAAAGUACUUACAGAAGCAGUUGAAACGUUUUUCUCAGAAGUAUUCCAAAAUACCUAGGUGCCACCCAACCAGAGUGACUGAACUAUAUAGCAAGAAGACAACAGAAGGGAAACAUCCUAGUAUUUCAUGUAAUACUACUCAGUCAAAUCUUGCAAACUGUAAGGAGUCUAGGUCGUCUGAUUUGGAGGAUGAAGGAAAAUAUGACAAUGGAAAGGGAUUCAAAGAAGAAGAAGAAUGCGAGGAUCCCUUAAGGCAGGGUCAGGUUCCUAUGAGGAAAAGACAGCUGCCAGCUUCUUUCUGGGAAGAACCUCGACCAGUACCAACCCUGCAGGCACAACUGAAGGUGGCCAGCGCUCUUAAAGACGGCAAAAUUCCAGGGAGGUACACGCAGGGUAGAAAGAGCAGCAAAUGUUCUGCAGAUCUGCCAAAUCUACGUCUGUCAACUCUCCAGUCUAGGCAAACCGGUGAGGAGGACCAUUCGGAAUUUCCAGUGACUGCAUUAACCUGCCGACCGAAUGCCUGCAGUUGCAGUGCCUUUCAGUACCAUGGACAGCCCAGUUACCAAAGCCACCUCUUACCUCAAAUGAAUUUAGCGGAAUUUGAUGUCUGGCGAAAAGGCUGCACAGCUCAAGUGGAAACGUCCCAUAUAUGUAAAGAGUCGUUCAUCGGACAGGCAAUAUACAGACCUGUAGUUCUGAAGCCUAUCCCCACAAAGCCCUCACUUCCUACACCCAUCUUUAAUGUCUUUGGAUUUAUUUAAAUUUUUUUUGAACUAGUGCGUUGUGCUCCAAAUUAACGUUAAUUCACUGGAGAACUAUAGUAAACCAACUAUGCUCAGGCGUUAAUAAACCCGGAUUACAGCGUCUGGAAAUGCAAUUUUUUGAGUUUCUGCUACAAAGCUAGAAACCAAGAGAUUAUGCCCUUUCCGCGGCUAAAAUGGUUUUAAUUUAAAAUUUGCUUGUUUACAUUCUAGGAUAAUAUUUAUACAGCAGCUCUAGUUCACUUGUGCAAACGUAGCUGAGUUCUACUUGUAAGGGAUUUAUACAACCCCAAGGCUGACUCCCAGGAUGUUGUUUAUGAAACACUGUGUAAUGAUCCUUGCAUUAAGUUAACAAAGGCAAACAAACUCAGUUGAAGUGACUCAAAGCUGUAACUAUUUUACGUUUUUUGUUUUUAGUUAAAAACUACUGAUUCCCCCAUUAGGUUAUGUUAGCAAGAUGACGCAAAGAAACUCUAUCUGAUAAAGAAUCAAGAACGUUUGCUUAGUUUCUGAAUGUCAUUCUUGUUCAAGUUCUAAACAUUAACAUUUUGAAAGCAUAGCCUCCUAUAAGCUAACAUUUUUGUCAUACAAGUAAUGUGAUGAGAUGGAUGUGCAUGUUUAUUUGUCAAUUAUUGAAAUGUGGAUUAUUCAGAUGGAUUGAAUCGUUCCAGUUAUUACUAAGAGGAAAUAAAACACUGCAAGAAACAAUGGGCGCGUAUACUGAAACAGGACUAAGGUUUAACUUU